AUGCUCCUUCGGCGACAGCACGACGCGCGCGUCGAUGCGGCAAAAUCGACUCGGCUGUACUUGAUGAUGGGGCGGCGCGUGCGCGCGGCAGCAGCCUUGCGCAUCCAAGCCAUGUGCCGCGGCCGACUGGCGCGCAUUCUCACGGAGAGGCUCCGCGCCGCCAGGGUUGCGGCCGCGUGGGUCGUAAAGACCACCGCGGACGGCCGCCGCUUCUACUACAAUCGGCUGACCAAGCAGCGGCAGUGGAAGAUGCCAGAGCUCAAGGCUCGCCUUGCAGGGCAAAAGGAGGCUCCUAGUGGCAAGGAGGCGAGGCCCGCGCCCGCGGCAGCGAGCGCCGCGCUUGCGGGGACGUCACCAGUUGAGGUGGAUGCGGCCGCGUGGGUCGUAAAGACCACCGCGGACGGCCGCCGCUUCUACUACAAUCGGCUGACCAAGCAGCGGCAGUGGAAGAUGCCGGCGGAGCUACGGGCGGCGGCUGCCGCUGCCAGGGCCACUCCCGACACUCUCGGGAUGAGCUCAUGUGGGGCAACGGGCGAGAGGGCGGGGCAACUCCAGCGAGGAACCGUCUCCACCCUCGACGGCGAGGACGAAUUCUACCUCGACGAGGAUGGCGUGCGCGUGCGCAAGCCGGGCCUCGAGCGCGCGUAUCUCGGCCUCGACAUCGACUCCGAGGUGGGUGCAAAGUACUCCUUCACCAUCAGCACCGCGCCCGUGGCAGCGCCGGCCGCAGACGCGGCAACGUUGCGCUCCGUCUUCGCUAGCAUGCCCGCGCCGCCGCCAGGGCGUGGCCGGCGUCCUCGGCCGGUCUGA